AUUUGUUUGUUUUUUUGUUUGUUUUUUUGCGGUUUUGGUUUUUGUUUACUUUUUGGUUGGUGUGAUUUUUUGUUUUUUAUAAUGGUUGUGCUGGAAAGGAAAUUAGAAAAAAAAGGAUUGAAAAUUUAAAAAAUGAUUCUUGGCUAAAGCAAUUAAGUGAAAUUAAGAGAAACAUAUAUACACGAACAACUACAAAGGAAAAAAAAGUGUCAUGCCAAGAAUAAACCCAAACGACAAACAAUAACAAUAAUAACUAUAACAACAACAAGAGACCAAUCUCACCCCCCAAAAAAAAAAAAAUAAUAAUAAUAAUAAUAAAUAAAUAUAUAAAUAGAAAAAUGAAAAUAAAGAUAAUAAAAAAAUAAUACAAAUGAAUAAAAUAAAUAAAUCAAAUUAACACCAAUAAAUAAUGAAAUGAAAAAGAAACUCUUCCCUGCCAUUCAGAAACUUUCCAAAGCUCGAAAUCCCAGAAGUGCUGCUGCCACCAUGUCCUCGAUCCUCAGUCAGACCGCAAGCAAGCACAAUCUCGACGGUGCUUUAACGUGCUCUGUCUGCUUUGAAUCCUAUGGCGAGGGCGAGAGAAAGCCGUUGAUGCUGCCGAGCUGUGGACACACUUUCUGCAAGCAAUGUGUGCAUGGAAUUAUUGCCAGUGAGAAUAAGGGACAGUUCCAGUGUCCAACCUGCCGUCGCAGUCAACCUGUUCUGUCCCUAGAUGACCUGCCCGUUAACUAUUCACUCCUGGAGGUGGCCAGCCUGUCUCCCACGACGCCUCCGGAAGAAGGCUUUAAGGAGAAGACCCUGAAGGAGGAGGAGAGGUGCCCCGACCACGGCUCCCGCUUGGCCUUCUGGUGCUCGAGCUGCGAGAGUGCCACGUGUGGGGAGUGCCUUUUCGAGAGCCACCCGCGCCCCGACCACGAUGUCCUGAAACUGGAGGAUCACUUCAAAAAAUUAUGGGAAGAGGCGCAGCAGCGAUCGAACCGCCUCGUGCGCCAGAUGUCCCACGUGUCCACGGAGAACGUGUCGAUGCUGAAGGGCGCCCUCGUCGAAUUCGCCGAGCUCCUACGGCAGAGGCGCGAGAUCGACAGCAUCCAGGGCGAGGCGCGGGCGGUGAGGGACGCGGCUAAGGGCGUCGGGGGGCUUCUCGACCUCUCCGCCGUCAGUAGGGCCAUCCUGAGCCUGCAGGAGAAGUUCGAGAGGGCCGGGAUUGAGACGCCCACGAGGGUCAAUGUCACGGGCGCGAGGACGUCGAGUUCGGGGACGCCCAAAGGAGAGGGAGCGACGCCCGUGAGUGAAACGCCCGCACGCACAUGGGUAGAGACGACAGGCACGCCCGUGGAAGAGACGCCUUCCACGCCCGCACGUGAAACUUACACUACGCCCGAAGAGAUAACGGCGUCCACGCCCGUAGAUGAAACUUACGCUACGCCCACGGAGGAGAUAACCACUGCCACGCCCGCAUACGAAUCUUCACCUGAGGAUACACCCGAUACGCCCGUCAAUGAAACCCACUCUGCGCCCAUGGAGGAACAGCCCAGUACGCCCACGGUGACCACGCCCGUUCCACCCGCAGUAGAGACACUCACGCCACCCACGAGGAACAACACCACGCCCACAUCUCCGCCCGCGAAACCAACCAAACCCCCCCUCUCUCGCAAGCCUGCUCUGCCCUUUCGACCGCCCGCGCUUACGCCCAGACCAACGAGCUUAUAUGGACUCGAAAUCGCUCUUCCUGGCUCUUCACCCACGCCCAUUUGUGCCUCGCCUCUGACCUCGAAAACCACGCUCACCACGCCCACCAUCUCCACCACGCCCACUGUCGAUGCGAGCACACAGACGCCUCCUGAAGACACGUGCGUGAAGACAAGAGACAGCCCCCCCGCGUCUGGGAGUCUGUUGAAACCCCCCAGGGCCCUCUCGUCACUCCCCCCCUGGUCAAGCCUCCUCUGCGGCAUCUAUAACUCCAACUGGACGUCCGGAAAGAUAGCUAUGGAGCCGAAAGGACUUCAUGUCUACUCUCUGCAUCCUAUGAAGGAAAAGUGUGAUCUAUUUCUUCAUCUGUCCGUGAUCGAGGCACUGGCACCCUUAGAAUCACCCUUAGUGUUCAUGGACCUGAGAGAUGGCACUUCACCCUUAGGACGUCUUUAUAUCACGUUGCAGAUCCACCUCCGCCGAGCCCAGCAGUUCUUCUCCUUAUGCCUGGGCGACCGAGGACCAUCCUACAAGGGCUCCUUCUUCCACUCCGUCAUGCGCAGGGGUGGUGCGGGGGAGGGCCUGGCAGGGGGGGACUACGAGCAGAAGGCGGGCAAAGGAGGGGCAGCGAUCAUGCGAGGGCUGGAGGAGAGGGAGACGGCGACGCAGACGGGGACGCAGGCGGGGACGCAGGCGGCGAGGGAGGCGUGGGUGCCGGAAGUGGCCAAGAGAUGCGAGAGAGGGAUGAUAAUCCGCGCCAGCACUCGCCCAGAGACCGCGGCGCAGUUCCUCAUCAGCGUAAAGGACGGGCCACGUUUCAAGACGGUCUUCCCCUUCGGUCGGGUGUCCCAUGGCAUCGAGGUCGUGGAGGAGGCAUGUCGAAGACCCGCCCACUCCGUCUGCGUCGCCGACUGCGGGUGGGUGCUGCCGCUGUGAAGAGGGGGGGUGGGGUGAGAGAA